AUGAUAGCUCCUACAUGGGAGUCAUUGGCGAAGAAAGUUCAAGGUCAAGUCAACGUCGGCAAGGUGGAUUGUACAGAGUCCCAGUACUUGUCGAACAUGUUCGAUGUGCGGGGCUUCCCGACCUUGAAGCUCAUUUCGAAGGGCAGGGUGUAUGGUUUCUCCGGGCGCAGAAGUUUGGAGAAUUUGGAGCCGUGGGCCUUGCAAGGAUCAAGUGAGAGAGCUGGCGCUCGGAGCCCAGCGGGAUGGGACGUAGCGCAGCGGGAUUUGUCCUUCGUUGGACGUCCGGCCGAGAUGGCACUUGCUUCUGGGAGGCAAAGCCGCGCUGCUGAAAGUGAAGGGUCCGAGGCCCAUGAGGAGGCCCUUUUCCGCAUCCUUCCGACAGGAGACAUGGGCUACAUCGUGCAUGAGAUGCCACACAGACUCGAAGCGGCGCCGGUGAGUGCGCACAGGCGUUUGCGUCUGCCCGGUUCAGUCGAGCUGAUCUACAGGGUGAAGGGUCCAAGGGACAGAAGUGCAUGCUCCGUGGUUCAGGGCCUCUCCUGUGUAGAGGCGAGCACUGAGAAUAACAAGAAGGAGCUGGAGUUCAAGGAGGAUGGACAGGACGAAAAAGGCGACAUCAUCACGAAGUACACCGCCGAGGAGGCGCGAAGCUUGAAGAACUACGGCGAGUUGCCUGAGAACGUGAAAAUCAACGAGACGGACAUCGGUGAUGGUGAUGACAGCGAGGAUGGUGUCGAGUUCGACGAGGCAGCUGGCUGA